CUUCCACUUCUCACUUCCUCUCUCCCACCUCACCUUAAUCUCUCACAAUGAACCCUCUCUUCGCCCCCGUCGCCAACACCGUCGCCGCUCCCGAGGAGCAGAUGGUCAACCAGGAGCGCAACCCGAAGGGCUCGGGUGCGCCGUACUGCGUCGUCUCCAAGACCGCCGAGGCCCCGAAGGAGCUCGUCGACAUGGAGCGCAACCCCGGCAAGCCGGCGGCCUACUGCGUCGUCGCCUAAGCGCGCAUCCAAGCUGGC